AUGAUUGAAGACCGUAUCGUAUUUCUCGCUUCUGCGAUCGCUACCGUGGUGAUCUAUCUCGCAGCGAAGUGUUUACAAGUUGGCCGGCGACCGAAGAACAUCCCUCCGGGGCCACCUACAGUACCAAUACUGGGAAAUCUCCAUCUCGCAAGUUCUUCUAUCCGUAAAGCUUCGGCACAGCGACUCAUAUAUCAACAGAUGCCAAAAGAUAGGCCGUGGCUGCAAUUUACCAAAUGGGCAGAAGAGUAUGGCUCGGUAUAUUCACUCAUGCUUGGAACAAAAACGUACAUCGUGUUAUCCUCGCCAGACGCUGUGAAGGAUCUCAUUGAUAAGCGCAGCAAUAUCUACUCGUCACGUCCAGAUAUGUACAUGGCCCACGAUGUGGCCAGCGGAGGCCUACGUUUGGUCACAGCAAAAUAUGGCGCCAUGUGGCGUAACAUGCAUAGGAUGGUUCACAACAUUUUCAACAUGCGCGCAGCGAUUACAUAUAUUCCUUACCAAGACCUCGAGAACAAGCAAAUGCUGCGAGAUAUGCUGGACAGUCCAGAGGAUUUUGUCAACCACAUACGCCGAUACAGCAACUCUCUUACUAUGCAGAUGGUGUUUGGCUUUCGAACUACCAGUAAUGCUGAUCCAAAACUGAAACAGCUCUUCGAAUGCUUCGAGAAAUGGGGCUCCUUGGCUGCCGGAGCAAGCUCGCAGCUUUCAGAUCUCUAUCCUAUUCUGCGACGCCUUCCACCCUCCUUGCGCCCUAACUAUCGCUAUGCGCAAGGCCUGCACAGGAGAGAGAUGGAGCUGUAUCUCGGCCAUUGGAUGGACACGAAGAACGGUUUGAAGAACGGAACGGGAAAGCCUUGUUUUUGUAACGACGUCCUGCGUGUGCAAGAUGCUGAGAACAUGUCCGACGAACAAGCUGCAUACCUUGCUGGCUCGCUCCUCGAAGCAGGUAGCGACACCACCUCUGCUAUCCUCGUCGGAUUUGUGCAAGCGAUGCUCGUUCAUCCUGAUGUGCAACACCGCGCACAAGCGGAGCUUGACCAAGUUGUUGGACAAAUGCGCCUCCCUCACAUUCAUGAUGCUGAAAAGCUGCCAUAUCUACGCGCUAUUGUCAAGGAGUGCAUUCGAUGGAUGCCAACAACUAUCAUGGCGGCGCCACACGCAGUCACACAGGACGACGAGUAUAUGGGAUACAAGAUACCAGCUGGAGCAACCGUGCUGAUCAAUGUCUGGGGACUACACAUGAUUCCCGCUACAAACCCCAACCCGAGAACAUUCGACCCCUCACGAUUUCAACACGACCUCCGCUCAGAGUUCGAAUGUGCAACUGCACGCGACCCAUCGCAGCGGCGCAAUUACAUCUUCGGUGCUGGGCGUCGCGUGUGCCAGGGCAUGCACAUCGCCGAGCGCUCACUAUUCCUUGCUGUCACACGUCUGCUGUGGGCGUUCGACUUCAAGGUGCCUGAUUCAGGAAGCCUGCCAGAUGUGGAUGAUCUGGUAGGUGACUUGACGGUGCAACCCGCCCCAUUUGAAGUCAGAAUCGUUGCGAGGAGCGAGGAGAAGAAGAGUCUGGUGCAGGAGACGUGGACAGAUAUAGAGAAUAUGCUGUUGGAUGAGGAAGGGCAGUGGAAGAAUGUACCCCAGGGCAUGGCGUUCAGCACGUGGAUGCCUGACGUGGAUGAGGGAAAUGGGUAA